AAUGAGAAAGAAACCAUGCAGCAUCUGAAUAAUCGCCUGGCAACCUAUUUGGAUAAAGUUCGUACCCUAGAGCAACAAAAUGCCCAAUUGGAAGGGAGUAUCCUUGACUGGUAUGAGAGGAAUCAACCCAGCGCUUUACCUGACUUCAGCUGCUUCUUCAGGACUAUCCAAGAGCUACAAAGCCAGAUUUUUUCGACUCGUGUUGAAAAUGCUCGCAUUGAACUGCAAAUAGACAAUGCUCGUCUGGCAGCAGAUGAUUUCAGAAACAAGUUUGAAAUGGAACGCCAGUUAAGCCAGUCUAUUGAGGCUGAUAUUAAUGGCUUGAGAAUCCUCCUUGAAGAGCUGAAUCGGGAGAUCUGCAGCCUGGAGAGUCAGGUUCAAAACCUUCAGGAAGAACUGCAGCAGAUCAAGAGAAACCAUAAUGAGGAAGUAAACUCUCUACGAGCUCAACUGGGCGCUAGAAUCAAUGUAGAAGUUGAUGCAGCUCCAUCUGUAGAUCUAAACCGGACCUUGUCUGAGAUAAGACAGCAAUAUGAGAACCUAAUGGAGAGGAAUCUAAGAGAAGUAGAGGCUAUGUUCCGACAAAGGUCAGAAGAUCUGACCCGAGAGGUUGCAUCUGGUUCUGAGCAGCGGCAGUCUGUCCAAACUGAAGUCAUCGAUCUGAAGCGCAAAAUCCAAACUUUGGAGAUUGAACUACAAAGUCAGCUGAGCAUGAAAUCUGCUCUGGAGGGAACAUUAGCAGAGACAGAAGCCACAUUUGGAUCCCAGCUUGCCCAGCUACAAAGUCUCAUCAACAAUAUAGAGUGCCAGCUGACUCAGAUCCGAUCUGAUCUAGAACGUCAAAACCAAGAGUACAAAAUCCUGAUGGACCAAAAGACCCAUCUGGAAAUGGAGAUCGCCACUUACAAACGUCUGCUGGAAAGCCAUAAUAUCCACGCAUCAGAUGAUCAUCACGUUUCUGUCUCCAAACAUGGAUCUCACCACUCGGUGAAGACUUUCCAUGUUGCAAGUCACGUCCAUGGCAAAUGCUAAUGGUUGUCCAGCUUCUUUGAGGAGGAGCCAUAGAAGAUAAAGCUUUCACUCCUUACUCUGGAUGAAUCUCUAUCUAUCCUCUAUACACCCUUUCUGAAUCAGGCUUCAAUCGGACAUGAAUGAGAUACACUAGGCUUCUUAUGCAGUAGGCACUUACAUUUUUAGGGUAGGGUCACACAUGCCGUAUUUUGCUGCAUAUUUUCUGCAGCUGAUUUUGACUUUAAAGGGGUACUCCUCUGGAAAACAUUUUUAAAUCAACUGGUGCCAGAAUGUUAAACAGAUUUCUAAAUUACUUCAAU